CUAUUGAUGGUAGACAUUUUGGCAGGUGUCAUUGUAGUUUUAAUUUGAAUUGCUGUGAUGAUUAGUGACGGUGAGCCUCUUUUCAUAUGUCUAUUAGUCAUCUGUAUGUCCUCUUUGGAGAAGUGUCUAUUGAGGUUCUUUGCCCAUUUUUAAAACGGGAUUGUUUAUUUUUUUGGUGUUGAGUUUUAUAAGUUCUUUAUAAGGGUGGGUUUUUAAAAAUAAACAGGAAAUCUUAUUUGCUUUAUCUGUACAACUGCCUUUCUCAGCAUUGGUGUGAACUUUAAAGAGACAAUUCAUGGAGAUGUGUGAGUUCAGUGCCUGGCCUAUAACAAGUACUACUAAUAAUAAUUAGAUUAAAAUACACUGUGAUCGGUAAAAAGGAGUAUUCUGGUUUAUUGGCAACGUCUAAGUAAGACCUGGUUUUUCUUGUUAAGGAAGCCGUGUGUGGGAAAGGGUGAGAGUCCAAAGGGACAAGAAAAAUGUCGAUAGGAGAGGAGAGAGUGGGAGUCCACAUAAGUACUCAUGGUGCCAGCUAUUAGAAAAGUGAGGGUGGCAAAUGCUUACAGUGUCAGCCACCACUGGGUUCCUUGGCCCUGGGUCAUGGCGGUCAGUGGUGGAGGAUCGAGAACAAAAAAGGGCAUCCACUCGGCGACUAUGUUCGGGGAGCAGUGGCUAUCCCCUUGUCCCUGGGAGCAGACCAUUGAAUAAAGAAAGAAAGAGGAGAAGAAAGAAGACAAGAUCUGGUCUCUGAAGACCUAGAUGACAAGCAGUAAUCUGAACAUCACUGAACCCUGAAGGUGUCACUGUGCCAUCCUGAAAUUUGCCAACAGAAAAUGCCUCUAAAAGGUAGAUGAAGCUGGAAAAGUAUGCAGAUGCAGCGUUGCAUAUGGCCUGUCCUAAUGUUCAAGGACAGUAUUCCAGAGAGAAAUUGAUUCCCUUGGAUUUGGUCACCAGUCAUAAUGAAGAAAAUCAGUCUUAAAACCUUCCGGAAAUCUUUCAAUUUGACUAAAAGUAAAGAAGAAGCAGAUUUCAUGGUAGUGCAACAGCCCUCACUAGCUGGUGAUUUUGGGAAAGAAGAUUCCUUGUUCGGUAGCUGUUAUGGGAAGGACAUGGCCAGCUGCGACAUCAACGGUGAAGAUGACAAGGGGGCCAAAAACAGAUCCAAAAGCGAAAGCCUCAUGGGUACGUUAAAAAGACGGCUUUCUGCCAAGCAGAAGCAGAAGGGCAAGGGCGGCGGCCCCUCUGGGAGCUCUGCUGACGAGGACACCUUCUCCUCCUCCUCAGCACCCAUGGUCUUUAAAGAUGUGAGAGCUCAAAGGCCCAUCCGGUCCACGUCCCUCCGCAGCCAUCACUACAGCCCUACGCCAUGGCCUCUGCGGCCCACAAACUCUGAGGAGACAUGUAUCAAGAUGGAGGUGAGAGUCAAGGCUUUGGUGCACUCUUCCAGUCCAAGCCCAGCCCUCAACGGGGUUCGCAAGGACUUCCAUGACCUUCAGUCGGACUCGGUGUGCCAGGAACAGAACAGUUCCCUGAAGAGCUCAGAUUCUCCGAACGGAGACCUGCACCUUCACCUUGAUGAGCAUGUGCCUGUCGUUAUCGGACUUAUGCCUCAGGACUACAUUCAGUAUACUGUGCCUUUAGAGGAGGGGAUGUACCCUCUGGAAGGACCCCGCGGCUAUUGUCUGGACGGGUCUUCUCCCAUGGAAGUCUCUGCGGUCCCUCCUCCCGGGGGAGGGAGCUCCUUCCCCGAAGACGAGAAUCAGGUUGACCAGGAGCUCGUGGUGGCCCCAGAGAUCUUUGUGGAUCAGUCGGUGAAUGGCCUGUUGAUCGGCACCACGGGGGUCAUGCUGCAGAGCCCCAGAGCAAGUCACGACGAUGCCCCUCCGCUCUCACCGUUGCUACCUCCAAUGCAGACGAAUCCGAUCCAAAGGAAUUUCGGCGGGAUCACUGGCGCAGACGCCCACGUGGCAGAGAGUAUGCGCUGUCAUUUGAACUUCGAUCCUAACUCUGCCCCUGGGGUUGCCAGAGUUUACGACUCAGUGCAGAGUAGUGGGCCCAUGGUUGUGACAAGCCUUACGGAGGAGCUGAAAAAACUUGCAAAACAAGGAUGGUACUGGGGACCGAUCACACGCUGGGAGGCAGAAGGGAAGUUAGCCAAUGUGCCCGAUGGCUCUUUCCUUGUUCGGGACAGUUCUGACGACCGUUACCUUUUAAGCUUGAGCUUCCGCUCCCAUGGCAAAACACUUCACACUAGAAUCGAACACUCAAAUGGUAGGUUUAGUUUUUAUGAGCAGCCAGAUGUGGAAGGACAUACGUCUAUAGUUGAUCUAAUCGAGCAUUCAAUCAGGGACUCUGAAAACGGAGCUUUCUGCUAUUCUAGGUCUCGGUUGCCCGGGUCUGCAACUUACCCCGUCAGACUGACCAAUCCGGUGUCCCGGUUCAUGCAGGUUCGCUCUUUGCAAUACCUGUGUCGCUUUGUUAUACGUCAGUAUACCAGGAUAGACCUAAUUCAGAAACUGCCUUUGCCUAACAAAAUGAAGGACUAUUUACAGGAGAAGCACUACUGAAAUUAGGGGAGCCCUGAGUCCUGCACUUUGGGAGGAAGGAAAAGAGAUUGAAAUACAGUUUACAGAUGUUCAUUGCUAUCAGAAUCUUUGCUGCCAUACUAUUUCAGUUUUCUAUGUAAAAGAGUAAUCAAUUUGUUUUCAGGUGGGAAGUGUGGGCAAGGUGUCUUGGUUUUAUUUUGGUUCUUUAAAAAGGGAAUCUUGAGGCUUAACAAGUGUGAGUUCUCUUUCAUCAAUGUUCAGAAUAAUCACAAUGUGAAUGAUCAGAUUCUCCUUUCCCCCACCCCCCGUCCUUUGCUGCUAUCCACUGUGAUUUUUAUGCAUUAAAAGCACAUUUCAUGUGUAUUCAACCCUAAGUAAAGUUGAAUGAAACUUACAGAAUGAAAAUUGUCAUGUCUCUUUAAAUGGCCCAUUUUCAAAGAUAAUGUUGAGAAAUCAUACCCUUGUGAUAGAACAGAGAAUUUACAUGUACACUGAAAAUGAUUUUUUAAUCUCAUACUUGAGAAAGAUUUAUUUAGAAUUAUGAAUUGAUGUAAUCUUGGGUACUGGAAUGUGGACCUGCAACGUAUCUUUUAUAACACUCAUUUCUAAAUUAUUUUAAAGACUGUGCUGUUUUUUUGUUUUGUAUUGUGAAAAUUUGAAUUUUUCUGUUGCCUUCAUUUUCAUCUUGUGAUUUGUCUAUUUUAAUAAAUGGCCUUACAUAAAAAAAUCAUAAAGAACUGCAUAUAACCAGUUUAGAAAUUGUUGCCUUUUCUGUCCUAAGUUCUGGUACAAAUUGGCAUAACAUAUAAAGAUCUAUGGCAUUAGAGAUAUUAAAGAAGUACUAGAUGGUCAUA